AUGGGCUCAGGAUGUUCACGUAGCCCGUCACCUACGCAAGGCGGACAUCAAUUUGACGACGAUAUCGAACUCGACUACCAUGAACUCGACCAUGCCCCAGCAACCUCGCAAGGCACUUUCCUCAAGGGUUCAAAGGAGGGCAUGGAACCCUUGGAGGAAUACCAGGAAGGCGGUUAUCACCCAGUCCAUAUUGGAGAUGUGCUUGGCCCGUCGAAUCGGUAUCGAGUGAUACACAAGCUCGGUCAUGGUGGUUUCGGAACAGUAUGGCUCUGUCGAGACUCUGUAGAAACCAGUUAUGUUGCCCUUAAGGUCAUGGCUAGUGAUCUGAACUCCGAUGAGAUCCUGGAUCUCAGUUUGGCGAAGCUGGACCAGUCGAUGCCCGGUGCUCAAUACAUUGCCUCUCCGCUCGGCUUUUUCUCCGUUGAGGGGCCAAAUGGAACCCACCACUGCCUGGCACUGCCACCACUUGGGCCUUGUGUGUCACCCCGGUUAUGGAUGCGGCUUGAGAAAGACCCUGCUACCAUAUUGCGGAAGUUUGCCUAUCAGACCACGCAAGCGUUAGCCUUCUUGCACAAGAAUCAGAUCUGUCACGGAGAUUUCCGCGCCUCUAAUAUUUUAGCCAAGUUGUGCAACCUGGAUCACCUAUCUGAGGAUGAGCUCCUCUCUUUACUAGGGCGCCCUGAGGAAGUCCAAGUACAAAUGGAGUCAGGAGAAGAUCUUCCAGCAUCUAGCCCAAGAUACCUUGUACCACCAGCGGACAUCUCCCGACUCGGAAACGAGUUCCUAACAGAGGAGAUUUGUGUCAUUGACUUUGGCGAGUCGUUCAAAUUCUCAUCGCCGCCAGAGGACCUCGGUAUCCCCGAGAACUAUCUCCCACCGGAAAUUCUUCUAGAGUGCCCUGAUACGAUCGGCCCAGCCUGCGAUCUCUGGGCUCUUGGCUGUACACUGUUCGAAAUCAGAGAACAGCUCCCACUAUUCUACAUGAUCUACGACAAAGAUGAACUACUAUCAGAGAUGGUCAGGUUUUUUGGUAAGCUUCCUGAGGAUUGGUGGGCGAAAUGGGAGGCACGGGGGGAAUACUUUGAUAAAGAUGGAAAAUGGCUUCGUGAAGAAGACUGGUCUCUCGAAGUGGCGCUGAGCAAACCAAUCGAGAUCUUCGAAUCGGGUGAGAAGUGUAAAGAGGGGCCUAAGAAGUCGUUACAAACUCCUGAAGCUGAACAAAGGUUGAUGGCGGAUCUGCUGUAUCGGCUGUUCAAGUAUGAUCCUAGCGCCCGGAUAAGUGCAGAGGAGGUUCUUAGGCAUGAAUGGUUUAGACUAUAG